AUGAGUUUAAUUGAUAAUCCAUUGAAUGGUUCUACAGAAAUAAUUUUGGAGAAUUAUUUCAAAGAAUUUCUUUCAACGGAAGAUUCCAAUCAGAUUAACAUAAUGUAUCUGAAAAUAUCAAUACUUUCUCAAGUAUUUUUAAUGGAAAUUGCGUUUGACAGAGUUGAAUCAGGAGCUAAUAUAGGAUUAUUGUCACGAUUUACCAUGCUGUGUCCAUUUUCACUUGUGACUUAUGAAAUGCGUUUGUGUGAUAUAGUUACAAUUUACAAAUCAGCAUAUAAAAAGACAGUAGAAAAAACUGAAGAAAAUAUGCUCUCGCCGAGAUAUUGCACGUCUGCAGAUGACGAAAAAUUGAAAAAAAUAUUUUUGGAAUUUCAAGAAGAAAUUUGGGAGGCUAAUUUUAUUGUUUUCUUUAAUUAUUUUAUAAAUAAAAAGGGAGAGUCUUUUCAAAAAAUUAUGCGGUACGUUUAA